AUGAGAGAACAAGAACGUCGUGAGAGAGAAUCACAAAAUGAAACGGAAGCAGAUGCAGAACGACGACGAAUAUUGAAGGGAAAGGGAAAAGUUGUUUGCGAAGAGAAUCCUCAACUGAAACGGAUGCGAUCAAGUGGAAUACAAAUUAGAGAAAGGGAGGCUAUGCGCUCAAGUGGUAUACAAAUUAGAGAAAGGGAAGAUACACCAUAUGCACAUGAAGAUGCAGAGUCUGGCGAAGAGACGGUUAUAUUACAUAGGAGAGUUGGUGUCACAUCAACCGAUCAAAACAUUGAAAUGUCGUCUGUUGGAGAAGAUGAUGUUGUGUCAGAUGAUUACGAAAAUGAUGAAGUAGAUUACGACAGUGAUGAAUUAUGUGAUACAACUACAAUUGAGAACCGGGGAGCUGCUCUUACUACUGAUGAAAAGUUCUCCUACCGUUACUACGUGAAACCACCUAUAGCAUUCAGAGAAUUGUUUGACGGAACCAACGCCGAAUCAGUAUCGUUUCGGACAUAUAUUCGAGAGCAUAAUGCGGAAAAUGCAUUUACUAGCCUUGGAUGCAAACUAGAUACAAGAGAUUUGAAAGGGAGAGGUCCGAGACCUUUCUCAAUACAUGGGGAGUUGAGACAUUUAACCGGCAGUGUUUUACCAGCUCCUGGGACUGAGAGGAGGGCGGUUUACUCCCAACUAUACAUCUAUGAUCCAUCUUUUGCAUUGUUUGUCCGUGGAGAACGAAAUCCUGAGUUAAAUAUGAAUGUCCUACAGACAAUUCAGAAUACUAUGCUCCAAUUCAAUGUUUUUUAUACCAAGUAUCGUCAGGCUUAUGCAAUUUUAGACCAGAUGAGCCCGGUCGACCAGCAUAUCAGAGUUUCCCUUCAAUAUAACAAGUCAACCAAUAUUAGGCGUUAUAAUCUUCCAACAGCAGAUGAGAUUGCGGUUAUCGUUCCAGAAAUAACUUAUAAGGAGAAUGGGGUGCGAGAUAUUAUAUUGCAUUUGAGAGAAAACAACGGGUUGAAACAAAUUUCGGAGUGUCAUCCGGCGUACUUGCCUUUACAUUAUGUUUUACUUUUUCCUUUUGGUGAGAUGGGAUGGUCACCGACAAUGAGGCAAUGGGAUGCAGUCACCCAAACAUAUACGAAAACCAAAUUAUCUCAAAUGGAGUAUUACAGUUACCGCAUAUUUGAACGCACCGAAGAAUAUUCCACCAUCUUAAGAGCCGGAAAACUAUUUCAAGAGUUCUUAGUUGAUGCAUGGGAAGCGACAGAGCAGAGUAAGUUGGCAUGGCUCAGAUUCAACCAACCAACUUUGCGUUCUGACCAGUACAGUUGCAUUGCUGAUAUGACAAAUGCCGAUUUGAAUCUAGGUGAUAGAGGUAAUCCUGUUAUUUUACCAUCUUCACACACUGGGAGCGGAAGGCAUAUGCACGAGAUAUAUCAGGAUUCGAUGACUAUUACACGUUUUCACCACCAUCCAGACAUUUUUCUUACAAUGACUGCAAACCCAAAUUGGCCAGAAAUAAGAAAUGCACUUAUUGGCAAUCAGAGUGUCACUGAUCGUCCUGAUUUGGUGGCUCGAGUUUUUGAGCUGAAAAGAAAAGCAUUGAUGAAAGAAAUAAAGGAAAAAAGAUUUGUUUCUGCUGAAUUUCCUGAUGAGAAAAAUGACCCAAUACUAUUUGACACCGCAAGCAAAUGUAUGGUUCAUGGUCCAUGUGGAGAACGAGAUCCAGGUGCAGCAUGUAUGUCAAAAGGAAAAUGUACGAAAGGAUAUCCAAAGAAGUACACCGACACAACAACUUUGGACGAGGGUGUCCCAGUUAUCGUCGUCGUCGGGAUGGAAUAG